AUUCCUUGCAGCGCCCCGUACAUUCCCGCACACGCACAUGUUACAAAUCCUCGUCUCAACUACAACUUUGGUGCCAAAAUUACCGUGACGUGCAAUGCCAGUUCUGAUACCUUCAACCUUCAGUGUCAUAACAAAGGGCUUUGGAGUGGACCGAUUGUAUCCUGCCCUGAAUCGACCGCAAGGGCUCUUCCUACGAACUGUAAUGCUCCUUCAGUCCCGAGAUACUCAACGCUCGAAACCCUUAGCCCGAAUUAUAACCUUGGAGACAGUGUGACAUUCCGAUGUGACAAUACCACCAUUCAACCGUUUAGUCUUCUUUGUGAAAACACUGGGUUAUGGAGUGGACCAAUGCAGACGUGCCCGCCACCUGUCUCAGCCCCUACACGAUGCACUAGUCCAUAUAUCCCAAAGUAUGCAUCAGCUGAAAACGUUCGUUUGGUCUACAGCAUCGGUGAGAGUGUAACAAUCACCUGUGACAGCGGAACAGACAGGUCGUUUACCCUUCAGUGCAAAGCAGAUGGGUUUUGGACGGGUGGUUUUCAUUCUUGCCCACCGCCGUUAGAAGCUCCGGAUAAGUGCAGUGCCCCUUACGUUUCACGAUAUGCAACCAUUAUAAACAUGCAACUAAAUUAUGACUACGGUGACAGUAUUACUGUUACAUGUGACAAUAGCAGUGCUCGGUUUUACCUUCAGUGUGACGCGAAAGGUCGAUGGAGAGGGCAGGACGUUUCUUGUCCCGUACCUACCCUAGCCCCUACACGGUGCACUAGUCCAUACAUCCCAAAGUAUGCAUCAGCUGAAAACGUACGUUUGGCCUACAGCAUCGGUGAGAGUGUAACAAUCACCUGUGACAGCAACACAGACAGGUCGUUUACCCUUCAGUGCGACUCAGAUGGGUUUUGGACGGGUAGCGUUUCUACUUGCUCACCGCCCGUAGAAGUUCCGGAUAAGUGCAGUGCCCCUUACGUUCCAAGAUAUGCAUCCAUCCAAGGCCUGCAACUGAAUUAUGACUAUGGUGACAGCAUUACCGUGACAUGUGACAAUAGCAGUGAUCGGUUUAACCUUCAGUGUGACACGAAAGGUCGAUGGAACGGACAUGUAGUGUCAUGUCCUGUACCUACCCCAGCCCCUAUACGAUGCACUAGUCCAUACAUCCCAAAGUACGCAUCAGCUGAAAACAUACGUUUCGUCUACAGCCUCGGUGAGAGUGUAACAAUCACCUGUGACAGCAACACAGACAGGUCGUUUACUCUUCAGUGCAACCCAGAUGGGUUUUGGACGGGUAGUGUCCUUUCUUGCACACAGCCGAUAGAAGCUCCGGAGAAUUGCAGUGCCCCUUACGUUUCACGAUAUGCAACCAUUCAAAACCUGCAACUGAAUUAUGACUACGGUGCCAGUAUUACUGUUACAUGUGACAGCAGCACUGCUCAGUUUAACCUUCGGUGUGACACGAAAGGUCGAUGGCGUGGCCAGGAAGUUUCUUGUCCCGUACCUAUCCCAGCCCCUACACGGUGCACUAGUCCAUACAUCCCAAAGUAUGCAUCAGCUGAAAACAUACGUUUGGCCUACAUCAUCGGUGAGAGUGUAACAAUCACCUGUGACAGCAAUACAGACAGGUCGUUUACCCUUCAGUGCGACUCAGAUGGGUUUUGGACGGGUAGCGUUUCUACUUGCUCACCGCCGAUAGAAGUUCCGGAGAAAUGCAGUGCCCCUUACGUUUCAAGAUAUGCAACCAUUCAAAACCUGCAACUGAAUUAUGACUAUGAUGACAGCAUUACCGUGACAUGUGACAGCAGCACUGCUCAGUUUACUCUUCGGUGUCGCACGAAAGGUCAAUGGACAGGCCAAGUGGUGUCCUGUCCUAGACCUCCGCAAUCUCCAUCUCAAUGCAGUGCUCCUGUUAUUCCAAGACAUUCUACCAUUGCAUUCUACCGAAUAACCUACAACCCAGGUGAUGACGUGAUUGUAACUUGUGAUGCAAGCAACGAUCGUUUUACCCUCCAUUGUAACAACAGUGGAAUUUGGAGUGGACCGGAAAUGUCUUGCCAAGAACCAGCCAAACCUCCAACACUGUGCAGUGCACCUUAUAUUCCGAGAUAUUCUUCGAUUGAAAGUCAUCAUUUGAACUACAAUUACGAUGACACAGUGACAGUGACAUGUGACACGAACAAUGAUCAAUUUACCAUGCGGUGUCAGGCAAGUGGAUUAUGGGAUGGCCCUGAUAUAUCCUGUGCAGCACCUACAUUGCCGGUAAUACCAGCUCCAUUUCCUCCAUCACAUGCCUCAUGCAGUGCACCAGCAGUGCCUAUUGACUCAACCAUUCAGAAUCUUCGUCUCUCAUACAAAGACGGUGACAGGAUGAACGUGACAUGUAACGUGGGUUCUGAUUGGUUCGACGUAUCAUGUGACGAUGGAAUAUGGAUAGGCCAAAACAUAGUUUGCCCUGACCCUCCCAAAGAAUGCAAUCCACCAAUCAUCCCCGUCGUUUCAUUCAUGGAAAAUGUUAAGCCUCGGUACAAGAUUGGUGACCAAGUCAACAUCACAUGUAACGACGACUCUGAUUGGUUCGCUUGGGAAUGUCACACAGAUGGCUUGUGGCGAGGGAAUUCCGUCCAGUGCUCAACUGAUUGUCCUCCGCCCGGAGGAGGAAAACCUACAUUUCCAGAGCGCAUUGCAUAUUCUAAGAGUGAGCAAAGGGGAAGGGAUUACUUUAUCACCGGUCUUCUGGUUACAGCUGUCAUCUUAUUCAUCCUUGUUCUCAUGUGUAUGGCUGCGUUUGUUAUCUUCACGAGAAAUCGUGGCUAUGAUCUAGCAACAUCAUCGAAAGACACCCUUCAAGAUGAGAAGGGAUCCAGAGGACCUCUUCCCGACGUUCCUGACGGUUAUGCCAACUACAUUGGGGGUGACCAGUCACUCUAUGUCGAACCAUACCUCAAACAAAAUGAAGAUCCCAUUCGAAGCUAUGAAGUCUACGAAAAACCAACUUGA